GCCCUAGAAAACGAAAAGGGGUCCAGUGGAACGUAAGGAUGAAGCGGUUCAUGAGGCUGCUAAAUAAGAAUAAAAACAAGAACCCACCAGAGGCCCAGCUGCUGAAGUUAGCGGGACAGCUCUGCCAAGAUCUCCAAAGUGUUUCUCCCAGCUUGCAGAAGCUAGUGCAGGCUGUGAUGGAGUGCAAACACCGGAUGCAUUUCCUCACCAGCAUCCACGUAGUCCGAGCCUGUGUGUUUGUCCAUAUCCACUGGGGUGAGCAUGAAACAGCCUGUAGGCUCCUGGAGCAUUGCAGGGUAGAAGAAAAGAAAGAGCUGGUGGCACUUUGGCAUGAGAUCCACUACCACAGGGCUAUGGAGAAACACCGCACUGAUUCCCUGACACCAGUGCAGAAAUUCCGCUGCAGGAAGAGGAAUCCUCCACCAGUUUCCCUUUGUCCUGAAGGUUUGAAGAAUCGAAACUAUCCAGAAAAGGUGCGCAGAAAGCUGCAGAGGUUUGCUGCAGAGGUGACAACAAAUCCAGACAAGAAGCAGCGGGAGGGUUUGGCUCAGGACACAAACCUGCAACCAAAUCAGGUCUAUAACUGGUUUGCCAAUUAUCGUCGCCGUCAAAAGUCCCGGUUCAGUCAGGUAGAGAGGCUUGUCAGCUCCACUCACGAGAAGGUUUCUGCCCACCAAGCAAAGCACCAGCCAGAGAGUGGAUCUUCCAUGCCACAGGCUGCAGAUGAAUUCCAUUCAGACAUUGGCUCAGGGCAUGUAGAGCUGUCCUUUGUGCCUUGUGACCCAGGCUGGGAGCAGUCAGCUGCAGAUGUGGACUGUUCUGCUGUUAGGACAUAUUCAACGUUGCUGAAUUCCAGCUUUCUGCAGGGCAGCCCAUUACAGAAAACCAGGUCAAGCAGAACUUCUGUGACUGCUCUCAGUGCUGAGGAGCCUGCAGCUUUCUGUACUGAAGCUGACCUGGAACCUGGAACCAGCCUUAGCUCCAUCAUCCUGGAGACCAGAGAGGCAUCCAGUUACAAUGCCCCCAGCCCCUGGCUGGAAAACCUUGUCCCAUGCUGCUAUGGGCCACUCCCCUUCCAAGCAGAGCAGUUGGAUGGGAGGCAGCUGAUGCCCAGCGCAGGAGGAGUCUCUGGCGAAAGCAGCUGGGCCCCCCCCUGGAGCCCUGGCACAGCAGGUGUCAGAGCUCCCUUGAGCUGGGUCCCUCCAGGUGGCUGCAUCGAGGCCAGUUCAGGAAGCAUCAGUCAGCAGGCAGAGUUAGAGGUUGGAAGCUUCAUGCUUAGAGAAGGACAGCUAGGGUCUCUGGAAGCAAGUCUUCCUUGCAGUUCUCCACAAACUGAGCUUGGCAAACCUCAGUGUCUCCCUGUGUCCAUGCCCUGUUUGGAGGAAAGCCAGGCUUCGGAACAUAGCCAGGUGCAGGAGGAUCCCCUAAGCAACCCGGUGGCCAGUGACACUUUCUGGGCAGCAUGCCUGCUGUUUGAAUUUUCAGUUGGCAGUCGAAUGUAACUUGCAUGCAGACAUCCUACGUUUGGCCUUCUGUUCUUUAGUGGUUGCCCCCCUUUGUCAUCAACAGGCUGAGAUAAUGGCAAAAUUAGUCAGGGAGAGAGGUCUUUUCUAGUAGUUGCAAAGUUUGUUUUAGCUAUGGUUUUAUCAAAAGUUUUAUAAAUAACAAAGACAAGCCACCUGAGGUCCGUGAAGAUCACAGAUUUUUACUAGAACAAUUUGAAGAUGCAUAGUCCAUUGCAAGUGUUUGAUCACUGGUUCUAUGGAAGUUACUUUGUUCAGGUUUCUCCAUUUUUAUAACUGGUCAAGAUGGUUCUGGCCCUACCUGUUUUUGUUAAUAAUGGAAAUAAUUAAAGCCCCUCAGCUUACUGGGAGUAAAACAUCAGAAAUCUGCCAGGAGAGCAGGUUUGUGUGGGUUUGUCAGGGUUGGAGAACCAGGAAUGAAAUCAGCUUUGAUAGGAGGUAGCUGCAUACUAGUUUGGCAAAUCUGUGGUACUGCUUGCUGUAAAUUCUGGAGCAUUACACAUCCUAUUGUGACACGGCCACAUACUUUGGAGUAUGCCAGAAUUUACAGUACCUAACAAAACUGUCAUAUAGGGAGAGAUGGGACUGGCCAAUGGGUCAGUGCCUAGCAGAAGGUGGAUCUUAAAUUUCCCACAAAAGUAAGAAGAAAGGAGGUGGGUCUGGGUAGCUGGGUAGCCUUGUAGCCCAGAUUGAGAAUCCACAGCUCCAAAUGGAUAAGGAGCUUAUUGGGAGGGAAGGGUGUUGCAGUCCUAAUGGUCACCCUUCCUCCAGUUUGCAGAAGUCUGAAAUUAUGGGCCUAAUUCUCUGCUGCCUUGUAGUUGAUCACUGGAUCUACCUCUGUACAAAAGUGUUACAACCCACCACUCUGGGAAAGUAACACCCUGUGGUAUUGGUUUGGUGUCAUUUCACAUCAACUUUGCUUUUAUUUCAUACAGAUGAGGAUGACAGCACAAGGUGUGGGGCAAUGGAGAAACAGGCCCUAUACAUUCCCAAAUGCCUUGCAAAGCAGCUUUUGGCCUGUAUACUUCUGCAGAAGUAUACAGCCUCUAACAGGAAUCAGUAAUCAUAUGCUGCUGAGGCCUAGCACAUUAAUUUUAGGCAAAUGCAUAUCUGAGACCCAGUUUCGAUGUAGCAGCUCUCCUGGGAGAAGUUCAUUGCUGACAGUUCCUUUGGCCCAGAAACCUUUCCCCAGACCAGCCUUACAGCCGCUGCCUGCAGUCCCUCUCUUGUAUUUUUUCCUGUACAUAAGAUUGGGAGCUCAGGGCUAGAACGUGAACAUUGAGAGAAAAGGGAGGAUCCUUGCCCUCGGUUUAAUAUCGCAGUGAGGGGGGAAUCAUUGCACAGUUUUUUGAGAAUUUUGCAUAAUUAUUUAAUUUUUGAGAAAUUUUGAAUAAAAAAAAGGGUGCUACUUUCCCCAAGGCUAGCUUUGGAUGGCAGGACUGGGGAGGAGGCAGGCACUCUUGUUCAUAUUGGUAAUUAAGUAUGUUUUAAA